AUGCAAACGAUUGAAACAUAUAAUUUCGACAGUGAUCCCGAGUUCAACAACGGCCUGAACGUCCUGCUGGCCAAUGCCGGCACCACCCUCGAAGAGGAAAACAAAAAGGAGCAGGAGAGCGGACACAAGUCGGAGCUCAUCAUCAAGGCCAAGGAAUUCUAUCUCAACAGAAUCAACAGCAGACAGCAGCAGCAAGGAACCACUCAGACAGAAGCAGCAGCAUCUGGAGAGCCCACAAUUACAUACAGCGACCCGCCGCUGACAAAGCAGCUGUCUUACGAGGAGCUGGUAGACCUCAUCUCAUCAGGAAAGGAAGUUCCGGGUAUCCGGCAAAUCCCCGACACGGUGCUGGGCCAUGAUGCAUCUUCUGCUGCCACCACAGACCGACCCAAGAAGCCCUGGGAGAAGUAA